GGGCACCGGCGCGCGCUGUUCGAGAAGCGCAAGCGGCUCAGCGACUACGCGCUCAUCUUCGGCAUGUUCGGCAUCGUGGUGAUGGUCAUCGAGACCGAGCUGUCCUGGGGCGCCUACGACAAGGCAUCACUGUACUCCUUAGCUCUGAAAUGCCUUAUCAGCCUCUCCACGAUCAUCCUGCUCGGUCUGAUCAUCGUGUACCACGCCAGGGAAAUACAGUUGUUCAUGGUGGACAAUGGAGCCGAUGACUGGAGAAUAGCCAUGACUUACGAGCGUAUUUUCUUCAUCUGCUUGGAAAUACUGGUGUGUGCUAUUCACCCCAUACCUGGGAAUUACACGUUCACAUGGACGGCCCGGCUUGCCUUCUCCUACGCCCCAUCCACAACCACGGCUGAUGUGGAUAUUAUUUUAUCUAUACCAAUGUUCUUAAGACUCUACCUGAUCGCCAGAGUCAUGCUUUUACACAGCAAACUUUUCACUGAUGCCUCCUCUAGAAGCAUUGGAGCACUUAACAAGAUAAACUUCAAUACGCGUUUUGUUAUGAAGACCUUAAUGACUAUAUGCCCAGGAACUGUGCUCUUGGUUUUUAGUAUCUCAUUAUGGAUAAUUGCCGCAUGGACUGUCCGGGCUUGUGAAAGGUACCAUGAUCAACAGGAUGUAACUAGCAACUUCCUUGGAGCAAUGUGGUUGAUAUCAAUAACCUUUCUCUCCAUUGGUUAUGGUGACAUGGUACCUAACACAUACUGCGGGAAAGGAGUCUGCUUGCUUACUGGAAUUAUGGGUGCUGGUUGCACAGCCCUGGUGGUAGCUGUAGUGGCGAGGAAACUAGAACUUACCAAAGCAGAAAAACAUGUGCACAAUUUCAUGAUGGAUACUCAGCUGACUAAAAGAGUGAAAAACGCAGCUGCCAAUGUACUCAGGGAAACAUGGCUGAUUUACAAAAACACAAAGCUAGUAAAAAAGAUAGAUCAUGCAAAAGUAAGGAAACAUCAACGAAAAUUCUUGCAAGCUAUUCAUCAAUUAAGAAGUGUAAAAAUGGAGCAGAGGAAACUGAAUGACCAAGCAAAUACCUUGGUGGACCUGGCAAAGACCCAGAACAUCAUGUACGACAUGAUUUCCGACCUAAAUGAAAGGAGCGAAGACUUCGAGAAGAGGAUAGUUACCCUGGAGACAAAGUUAGAGACUCUGAUUGGGAGCGUCCACGCCCUCCCCGGGCUCAUCAGCCAGACUCUCAGGCAGCAGCAGAGGGACUUGGUGGAGGCCCAGAUGGAGAGCUGCGACAAGCACGCCCCCUACAGCGCCGAGCGCUCCCGGUCCUCGUCCCGGCGGCGGCGCUCCUCCUCCACGGCGCCACCCACUCCAUCAGAGAGCAGCUAGAAGAGAAUAAGCUAACCACAAAUAAGACUUUUUGCCAUCAUAUGGUCAAUAUUUUAGCUUUUAUUGUAAAGCCCCUAUGGUUCUAAUCAGCGUUAUCCGGUUCUGAUGUCAGAAUCCUGGGAACCUGAACACUAAGUUUUAGGCCAAAUGAGUGAAAACUCUUUUUUCUUUCCGAUGCACAGGGAAUGCACUUACUCUUGCUAUAUAGAUUGUUCCUCCUGUGAUUUCACUAACUUUUUAUUCAUGCACUUCAGACUUUACUACUACACUAUAUGAGAUAUAAUAAAAAGUUAAUUUCUGCA